UUUUUCCUGUUGUUGUCCCACAUUACCCUUUGUUAAUCAUGUCCUUUAUUGGUGUCAAGAUUGUUCUGGUGUGCAAUGCGUUCGAUAAGGUCGCCAUUCCUCUUUCCUGUUCUCUUUGUCCACACGGAGACAGUGAUGCCGCAGAGAAUAACAUCGACUAUCGCCUCGAAUCUUUAUCCAAAAAAAAACUCCAGACUGGCUACGGCUACGUCCACUGCACCCUCGUUCAGUUGUGCAUUCGGGCGACGGAGCUGACGGAUGUAAAGGAGGCUGCGCGUAAGGUGUGGAAUGUCCACAGGGAGGCCGCGGAGGAGUCCAAGGAAAAGCUCGAGUUGACAGACAUCCACCCUGGACCGGUGUUCGGGACGACGGCGACGGAAAAGGAGAUUCGUCUGCCGUACAUUGCCAUCACACGAACUGACGCCUUGAUGGCACUUCAUAGUGAUAUGCUUGAAAAAAUCAAACCCUUUCAGGUCAAGCUGAGCUCCAUGAACGUGGGAAAAUCAGCAUUCCACAACUCCUCUCCAGCCGAUGGGAACGCAAGCGUCGAGUGUAUGAUUGAUUUUUACGAGAAGAAUUCGCUGGAAAACUACAGUCCACACCUCACCCUCGGCUCGACGCAGGACCCAAUCGACACCAAUUUACUCUACUUCCAGAAGUUGAAGCUUCCAUUGCACACGUGUGCGUUAAUGGUGAGUCACAUGGGGAACUACUGUUCCUGUUUUGAGUUGUUGUAAUAAAAAGAUAGCCUGAGCGCUUUACUAAUGGGGAUAUAUAAAUAUGUCUAUAAUACAAAUGACGCAUCAAAGGGAAGUUUCAUAAGCGAGAUUAUAAAAUCAGGGUUCUUUUACCAAAUUAUUAGCAUUCAAAAGAUAUUUUUGUCAAAGAGGUUAAAUGUUUAUAAACAUGGUUUGCUUUUCUAGUGGAUUGUGGAUGUUGUGUUGUGU